CGAGGCGAGCUCAUUUUUAUUGUUCCUCCUUAAUUAGCUUAGCUAGUCAUCUUUCUCCAAGUCCGGCCAAGGCCAGGCCAGCGCAGCUGGAUCAUCAUGGCUUCUUCCUAUUCCUUGAUCAUCAGUCUCUCUUUCUCUAUGCUGUUAAUCCCGGUUGAAGUAUGCUUUGCACAGCUGCUAUCGCCCACCUUCUACGAUACUUCGUGCCCCACUGCCCUGUCUACCAUCAAGACAGCAGUAGACGCUGCUGUGGCCGCUGAAGCCCGUAUGGGGGCCUCUUUGCUCCGUCUUCAUUUCCAUGACUGCUUUGUUAAUGGGUGUGAUGCAUCUAUUCUAUUGGUUGACAACGCAACCUUCACAGGGGAGCAGACAGCUCCUCCUAAUAAUAAUUCGGUGAGAGGUUUCGAGGUGAUCAACUCCAUUAAAUCUCAAUUGGAGAGCAUAUGUCCUAGUGUCGUUUCUUGUGCCGACAUUCUUGCCGUUGCUGCUCGUGAUUCCGUCGUUUCUUUGGGUGGAGCUUCAUGGACGGUGCAGCUAGGCAGAAGAGAUUCGACCACGGCAAACUUAACUGGUGCCAAUACUGACCUCCCUAGCCCGUCCCUCAACCUCACCGACCUUAUAACUGCCUUUGCAAACAAGGGAUUCACUACUGGCGAAAUGGCGGCUCUGUCAGGAUCUCACACAAUCGGGCAGGCCAGGUGCAGUGUGUUCCGGGAUCGGAUCUACAAUGAGACCAACAUAAACUCCACAUAUGCAGCAUCUUUGCAGGCAAAUUGCCCACGUUCAGACGGUGACGACAAUCUCUCUCCUCUUGACACCACCACUCCUAAUGUUUUCGACAAUGCUUAUUUCACCAAUUUGCUCAACAUGAAAGGGCUCUUGCAUUCGGACCAACAGCUCUUUAGCAAUGGCUCUACCGAUUCUCUAGUUACAACCUACAGCACCAACGCUGCAACUUUCCUCACUGAUUUUGCGAAUGCCAUGGUCAAGAUGGGGAACCUUAGCCCUCUAACCGGCACCAGUGGAGAGAUCCGGACCAAUUGCAGCAGGGUCAAUUAAUUGAUCAGAACCUCCAGGUUACCCUACCCUAGCUACCUAUUUCUAUAUAUGUUUUAUGUUGCUUUCCCAUCUUUUUAAGUAUGUUCCUCUCGUUUGGCUUCAUCAAAAAAAUAUAUGUACGUUGACGUUCCUGGUUUGUACCUAUAUGUAUCUUAAAGGCUGCUUUGCAUUUGUAUCCAAAGUUCACUGUUGCCUCAAU